AAGAUCAGUGGAUAAUUAAUGAUGAAGGUAAGCGUGUCUUAAAAAAUACAAAAGUUAUAGGUAAGUGGAAGGACGAAAAUAGAGGAGAUUGUGUUAUUGGCUAUACAGGAGUUCGCACAAAAUGUUAUAGUGUUGUCUGUAAAAAUUCACGAAAAAAUAUGAUAAAGGCUAAAGGUCUAAAAAAGUCUCUUAUCAAGAAAGAGCUUACCCAUAAAAUAUUCGAGGACUGUAUUUUAGAAGAAAAAGAGGAUCAGCCACGAACUGCACAAUUCCUCUGA